AAAAUUGACAGAAUUCAGCUGAGCGAACGGUUAAGAAUUGGUUGUGUGCAUUGAUUUUUUCCUAAUUCAAAAGCAUAUUUAUUCUUAUCAGAAAAUUGUACAGUUUAAAUUGAAUCUUUUUUGCAUAAGAUAGUGUUAUUUAAAUAUUUUAAAGAUGCCAGUAGAUCAAAUACAAUACUCGGAAAGAUACAGUGAUGACGUUUAUGAGUAUCGACAUGUGAUCUUGCCACCUGAUCUCGCCAGACUGGUGCCAAAGUCCCACCUCAUGACGGAGACAGAGUGGCGCAACCUAGGGGUGCAGCAGAGCCCCGGCUGGCUGCACUUCAUGGUCCACAACCCUGAACCCCAUGUCCUACUCUUUAGAAGACCUAAGUCUAAUAUACAGAAUGUAAUGAACGGUAUAGGAGGUAAUUCUGCUACUGUUCGAGUAUAAUUCUUUCUAGGUCAUACUGAUAAUGUGUUUAAUUUGAUAACUAAGAUAUUUUUAUUAUCAAAUGUUGCUAAUCUUGUUUAUGCAAUAUUAUUAUUUAAUUUAUACUUAAAGUUAUGCAUUUUGACCUAAUAGUUUAAAAAGUAUUUAGUCUUCAACUUAAAAGCUAUAUUGCAGUGUUGGCUAUGGCUAAAUUUUAUAUUUUAUAUUUGUAAUUGACACACCCUGGCUAUCCUUGGGUAAAUAGACAUACAUAAUCUAAUUAAGCUGAUAAAAUAUGUGAUUCUGUAGUUUUUAUUUUAAUAUGAAAGCUGUUUCUUCAUUUGUCUUUCUAGGAAUUUACAUAUUCUUGGAUUGCAGCAACAUUCACAUUUAUAAUAAUUAUGCAUGCAAAUUUCUUAUGUAACAAUACUUAGAAAUAUAUGUUAUGAAGUUUUUUUAAUUCACAAUGUUAUUAUUAACUGUUUUUGCCCUGAAAAUGUAAAAAAAAAUCAGGAUAAUAAAUAACAACUGUUUUUCAAACAGUAUCUUAUAUUUUGGAUCAUUAAAAUAAAUGUUUUGUUGCGCCUCAAUAUUGCAACAUCAACAUAAUUGUCUCUGUUUUAAACAUAGUAUAAAUAUUUAUAGUAAUGUUGAACUAGCUAGUUUGACAAGGUGAGGCGCAAUGAGUCGUACUAAGUGUGGCGCAACACGUCGCAAAAAGUAAAGCGCAACAAGUCGUAAUGAAAAGUAAGGCGUAAAAACGCCUCACUUUUUGUGUUGCUAUUUUUGCUGUUUUCUGUAUGUAAUCCCUCAAUGUUUUGUUCCAGAAAUUGCUGUUUUAUUCUUUAUUUAUAAUUUGCCAAAUCCAAAGUUUUAUUUUAACCCAAAGUUAAUGAGAUAAUUUUUGCCUUUAUAAUUGUGAAUGGAGAAAAAAUAAAAUACAUAAGUAUUUCUAAUAAUGUUAAACUUUUCCUGUUUUCUACAUAAAUAUUUUAUGUACUGCCAUUUUUAAACAUUUAAUAGUUUAAAACGAGUGUAAUCUCAAACUAUGGCUUUAUAGCCUGUGUUGGGAUUGGUUGAUAUAUCUAUUGGUUAAUUAUUAUUCUUGUAUAUUUUAAUUAUAGUUUACUUUUAUUUUAAGUUUUCAAAACCAUUGUUCCUGAUAGUGUUUUUGUUUCAAAGAUUAUUCUAUGAGUCAAAAAUGCUUAAACUUUGGAUUUUGUGCAAACAAUUAUCCAUAAGUAUGGUAAAAGUGCAAAGUAAUGUUUAGUAUAUGAAAAGCGGGAAUUUUAUGUACUUGUAAUUAUUGUGGUUAACCAAAUAAAAUAAUAAUACUA